AUGAGAUCAUUAGCUUUAAGUCAUUCAUCCAAUAAUGAUAGCAACGUUAUAAUCAAUCUAACCGAAGAUAUUUCAAUCUAUCAAUACGAUGCUAAGAAACCCAACGCUAAAAUCUGUGAAGCGCCUGCUUUUUUAAUAUUAGUUAUUAAUUCCAAGCCUAAUCAUCAUGAUCGUAGAAUGGCUAUUAGAACUUCAUGGGGAAAUGGUUCUGAUUACGCACGUCGUACCAAGCAUCCGGUUGCAUGGAGGACCGUUUUUGUAGUUGGUAAAUCGGGUAAAGAAGCCGUGGAUAAGAAAGUGAUUGAAGAAGGUGAAGAACAUGGUGAUUUAGUCUUUGGUGAUUUUCAAGACAAUUUAAAAUCGUUGACCGAUAAAACUGUCUUGGGCAUGCGUUGGGCAUAUUAUUUUUGUCGACCUAAAUUUUAUUUUAAAGGAGAUGAUGACGUCUUUAUUAAUGCGCCACGGUUAUUCGAAUUAGUCUUACAAUUGGAACGUUAUUUCCCGACUAAAAUGUGGAUCUGUCGUGCUCAUAUUGAAGAAGAAAGUCGCUAUGCUAUACGUGAUCGUCGUAGCAAGUACGCAAUAUCAAGGCGUGAAUACAGUAAGAAUAUAUUUCCUCAAUUUUGUUCUGGAUAUGCUUACGUCUUAACAAGCGAUGUCCUAGAAGGCAUGCUAUCCAAGGUUAAAAGCACUCGUAUUAUUAAAGUAUUGGAUGAUGUCUAUGUGGGUAUGUUAGCCGAUAAAAUGGGCAUACUACCAAAACAUGAUAGAAGGUAA